CUGCUACCUCACCUACUCCUCUGCUCCGGCCGCCUCCAUCGCUCCCUGUCUCCUCCUCUUCUCCGUCAAAAUGCAGUCCAGGCACCGGGUCUUCGCCGAGGACCUGCUCCUCGCGCAGCUCCAAGGCGACGACCACUUCGACAACGUGCCGGACUCCCUCGUGCUCAUCAUCUUCAACAAGCUCGCCGACGCGCGCUCCCUCGGCCGCUGCGCCGCCGUCUCCAAGCGCUUCAACUCCCUCGUCCCGCUCGUCGACGACGCCUGCCUCCGCAUCGACCGCGUCAUCAGCUCCGACGCCGCCGACGCCGCCGACGACGCGCUCGGCGUCUCUGGAGCCGGCGGCGGCGCCCAGCGCCAGCGCGGCGCCGGCGCCGUCUUCUCCGGCCUCCUCAAGACCGUGCUCUCCGCCGUGCUCAAGCCCUUCGGCCACUGCGACGCCGGCGCCAAGUCCGGCCACGGCGGCAAGCACGCGCCGCACCACUCGCCCGCGCAGGUGCUCAAGAACUUCAGCAGCAUCCGCAACCUCCGCAUGGAGCUCCCCGUCUCCGACGUCGGCACCGACGACGGCGUGCUCCUCAAGUGGAAGGCCGUCUUCGGCAGCACGCUCCAGACCUGCGUCAUCCUCGGCGGCACCAGGCUGGACCACGCCGCCGGCCCGCACCCCCCACCUCCACCCACCACGGCACCCGACCACGAACAGCAGGGCGACGGCAGCAUCCCGGAGUCCUUCUACACCAACGGCGGCCUCAAGCUGCGCGUGGUCUGGACCAUCAGCUCCCUCAUCGCCGCCGCCACCAGGCACUACCUGCUCCGCGAGAUCGUCAAGGAGCACCCCACGCUGCAGCGCGUCGACCUCACGGACGCGCACGGCCAGGGCACGCUCUGCAUGGAGCGCGCCCAGCUCAAGGAGUUCACCGACAAGCCGCUCGCCGCCGCCGCCGCGGCCAACCGCACCCAGGUGCCGGCCUGCAACAUGAAGCUCCGCUACGCGCCCAUGCUCGAGCUCUCCGACGGGACCAGGAUCCAGGGCGCCACGCUCGUCGUCAUCAAGCCCGUCGGCGAGACCGGCGGCAUCGGAACCGGACGCAAGGACCUCGACGACUUCGUCGCCGACGCCUUCGACGGGCCUUUCAGGGAGGCCGUGGCCAUGCUCAGCAAGCGCCGCACCUACCUACUAGAGAUGAACGGCUUCUAGAUAGCUGCGACCAUCUGCGCCAAUGGCCACUACUAAAUUGCUCUGUUCUGCUCUGUUCUGCUCAGCUCAGUGCCACACUGACUGAGGUGUUCGUCCCUGUAACAGCACAGCAGCGAUCGAUCAUGUCUUCUUCUACCUCAAUUCUUCGUUACCGCCUUCACUGUCCUUGCAACAAUUAUCGCCAGCUUCAUUUCGAUGUGGUGACCUGAUCUAUGAAUGGAUGAACGGAAUUCAAUCAAGUAACAUCACAUUUUUCAA